GAAUCUGACAGUAGUUGUCAAACGUUGACAUCAAUUACCGUCAAAUUUUGAUAACAUCAACAAAUAGAAAAGGAAGUAUCUGUUUAAAUGAUAUAAUGGAUAAUGAAAAUUCUUUAAUUUAUGGCUUGGAAUUUCAGGCCAGAGCUUUAGCCCCAAUAUUAGCUGAAACGGAAAAAUUAAAAUUUAUAAUAGGAACACAAUCCUUGAAACAAUCAAAUAAUCAGAUUCAUUUGGUGGAAUUCAAUGAGGAGGAUUCGAUAUUAAGACCUCAGUUAUUUCAUCAUACAGAAGGUGAAGUAUGGAGAAUUACAUCAAGUCCUAUAGAUGCAUCCAAAAUUUCUGUUUGCUACAAUUCAAUAAUCGACGAAAGUACAUGCACGAUGAAGAGUCACAUAUUGAAAUUACCAGAAAAUUAUGAUUCGAAUAUAAUUGAAAACUUAGAAAUAGCCAAUAAACUAGAUAUACCCAGUAACGAUGUUAAAACUACUGAAUUCCACCCUUUAAAUGAAGCUAGAGCUGCCUCUGUCACAGAAAAUAAAAUUUUGUUAUGGGAUAUGUCAGACUUUAAUGCGAAGACUGUUUCAGAAAUUCAGUUAGAAAGUAAAAAUAAUCUCAAAUAUUCAUUGGGAAAAUGGAAUCCACAUCAGAAUUGUAACCAGUUUUCAGCUUUGACUGAUACACAUUUAAAAACAUAUGAUGUGCGUACUGGUGACAUUGCUUGGAGUAUCGAUUGUUGUCACCGAAUUUUUCUGAGAGAUAUAGAUUAUAACAUGAACAAACAGUACCACAUAGCCACUUGUGGGGAUGAUAGCUUUGUUAAAAUUUGGGAUUAUAGACAAACUGCACAACCAAUAUUCUCAAGAAGUGACCAUACGCAUUGGAUUUGGUCUGUGCGUUUCAAUCCGUUUCACGAUCAACUGAUAUUGACAGCAAGUACCGAUGGGCGUGUUUUACUCUCUAGUGCUGCCAGUGUCAGUUCGGAAAACAUUAUGGAAAACUGUCUAGCAGAUGACAACAAUGAACUUGAAGCCAAACAGAUAUUAUCUGAUGGCCCCUUGCAGUGGUGUGAACAUGAAGAUAGUGUUUAUUGCGCAGAAUGGUCUCCAGCAGAGCCCUGGAUUUUUGCUUCACUAAGUCAUGAUGGAAGAUUGCUGAUCACAAGAGUGAAGAAGUCUUUGAAAUAUCAAAUAAUGUUGUAAAUAAAUAAAAUUGAGGUUUUUUUGUUAGAAUAUAUCUCAUAUAUUUGAAUUCAGAAAUAUCUUAAUAAAAUAAUAUGGAAAAAUAAAUCGUUGAAGACCUCUGUGCCACUUUUGUACAACUGAUAGCUCUGAAAUAAAUGAUUAAAAAAAAUGUUUGUAGGUGGACCACUAAAAUUCAAGAUUUA